UGUUACUUGAUGCACAAUUAUUAUGGUGUAUACGUAUGAUUGUUAUGAAAAAGAAAGAAAAAAAGAAGUAUGACCAUUAUGAGGUGCAAUUUCAAGGUGGGAUGGAUUUGGGGGACAUGUAUAUUCCCAAAUAGUACCUAUAAUAGAUUAAUAGUUUACCUAAUUUUUUCCUGGUAGUUUCUAAGAAAAUGUUAACAUGACCCUAAUUUCUAUAUUUAUUCUAAGUCUAGUCAACAAUGGCAACUUGAAAGUAAACAAAAAAUUGAAAAACAAUGGCAAGUGGAAGUCUUGAACAAGGAACCUGUUUCCAUUGCCCCACACACACACUUAUUUAUAUGUAAAUUGAAGUUUUGGUGAAAUGAAGCUUUCGCAUGUCUCAGCACUUAUUUAGUUGCAGUGAUAAUAUUAUUGAGGUGCGAUUUCAAGGUGCGACGAAUUUGGGGGACAUGUAUAUUCCCAGCACCGAUGAUAAGGUUAAGCAACAAAUUAUGGAUGCACUGAGAGUAAGAGAUCAAGGAGAAAAUAUAAUUGGAUUAUGUGGGUCAGUUAAAAGAGUCAAGCAUUUUGCAAAAACAGCUAUAAGAAGAGCCGAGAGAGAUCAAUUGUUCCAAGAGAUUAUCACAACAAAUGUGACAAAGAAGCCGGAUAUUACUAAGAUUCAGGCACAAAUUGGUAAGGCAAUAGGUCUGAAUUUUGAUGAUAAAGGUGUUGUAGUUAAAUCAACUUGGUGGAAAUUUGGUAAUAACAAAAGGAUAACAACUGCAGAAAGAGCUGCUCUUUUGUGUGCUAAGAUGAAAGAGUUGCAGACAGUACUAGUUGUACUGUAUGAUGUUCAUGGUAAACUUGAUUUAGGUGAGAUUGGUAUCCCCUUUGGUGAUGAUCACAAUGGUUGUAAGAUAUUGGUGACAUCAACAAGUGUAGAGGUUUUAUCCAAAAAAAUGAAGGUUCAUAAAUUGAUUCAGAUAUCAGAGACAUGACGAGAUUCUCUUCCUAAUAGAGUGUUCGAAGCAAUGAUGAUGAAAAUUUGAAGUCCAAACAGGUACGUCAUUUGGAAAAACACCACGUUUAAGAGAUUAGAGACUGAGAAGUGCUUUCUAGGUAUAUAGAUGAACUAAGACUUAGCUUUUUUUCUGUCAAAUGUCUGUGCUUGUAAUCAAAUAUAUGGGUCCAGUUCAGAACUUCAGAUAAUAAUAACUGUAAAUUUAAGAUUUUUAUUUUUCAGUCAAAAGCUUGUAAUCUAAGAUAUGAAUCUAGUACAGUUAAUUGUAUAUGUCAUGAUAUUAUUGUUAUAGUGAGUGGUGACAAUAUUGUUAAGAA